AUGGCUGGAGUUUACAGAGAGUCGACCCGGGUCUACCGGGAUCCGACCGACUACUCGUCCGAUGAAGACCGAUACAAAUCCACCACUGUCCGUCGCUACAAAGUGGCUCCCAGCCGUGUUGAGAGGGUCGAGCGCACAGAGCGAGUUGAAGUCGUCGACGACGACGAUCGCCGAUCACGCUACUCCGGCUACCCGCUGCGCAACUCGGGCGACUAUGCCUAUUCCCCCGAUCGUCCACGCUCUGCAUUCGAGUCACGGACCCAGGUCAUUGAACGCGAGCGCGAGCGCGAGCGCGAUGUCGCUGACCCCUACAGAGGCGACACCCGGAGUGUCAUCUCCCAAAUCAACUAUGACCGUGAGCGUGGUCGCUUCGACGACAGCCGUUUCGACGAUGUUCGCAGUGUCGCCGACAACCGGACUCUCAUCGAGGUUGAACGUGAGCGCGACUGGGACCGCCGCUCCAGGGGGCCUUGGGACCACCACCACCAUCACCACCAUCAUGAACCCGAAACCGAGGUCCGUGUGGACAAGCGUGUCGAGCGCCGCGAAGAUGGCGACAUCAAGGUCGAGAAACGUGUCGAAGAAUACCGCGACGAGCAUGGGGGGGCAGAGGUCGAGAGAUACCGCAAGGAAACCGAAUACUACUCUCCCAUCAGUCCCCCACCUAUCCCCCAGCCUGUCAUUAUUCGUCAGCAGGCCCCCGAGCCCCAGAAGAUUAUCGUCCAGGAGGCACCCCAUCCCGCUCCCAUCAUCGUUCCUCGCCAAGAUCCCGGCAUUGUUGUUUUGAGAGAGCGUGAGUCUCCUCGCGAAAUGGUCCGCCGCGAGCCCCGCGAAGAUGAGUACUACUACCGCCGGGAGACCAAGGACAUUGGCCCCUACCGCCGAGACGAGCGUGAGUAUCAUUACGAUCGCCGUGGUCGUGGUAGGGACUACAUUAGCGACGACGAAGACUACUACAUGAAGCGGACCGUCAUUCGCCGAAACAGGAGCUCCAGCUCCGACCAUCACCACAAACGUCACCUUGCCGAGGGUGCCCUCGCCGGUGCCGGUAUUGCAGCACUCGCUGCAAGCCGACGAGACAGCCGUGGUGAAAUGGCCUCCAACCGCGGAAGCAAGGUGCUCGCUGGCGCGGCCCUCGGUGGCCUGGGCACGGAAAUCAUUCGACGAGCUCGCAGUGCGUACGAAGAGAACUACCACGACGACCGCCGCAGGUCUCGUUCGAGAUCCCACAGCCGCAGCUCCAGGAUUAAAACCGGCCUUGGCAUCGCUGCCGCCGCCCUUGCCGUAGCAGGUGCCGCCAAGUAUUAUCAGAGCGGCAAGAUUGAAAAGGAAGAAAUGCAUCGUGGCCGGAGCAGAAACCGAGGUUACUCCGUCUCGAGCUACUCGGUAUCCCGAUCUCGUAGCCGUAGCCGCAAGAGCCGCAAGAGCCGGAGUCGGUCCGUAGCCAAGGCCGCGGCUGCAACUGCCGCCGCCGCCGGUCUGGUGCAACACUUCCGCAACAAGUCCAAUUCCAAGUCUAGGAGUCGUUCAAGGUCCAAGUCUCGCAUCAGGACCGGAGCCGAGGUUGUUGCCGCCGGCCUAGCGGGAGGUGUUGCCAGCAAGAUUUACAAGAACCGGAAAGACAAGAAGGACCGCGAAGUAGAUCGCGAACUAAGCGAUCAGGAGUAUGAGGAGGAGCUCAGGCGGGAACGGCGCGAACGUCGUCGGUCGCGCAGCAGGUCUCAGGCCCGCUCUCUUUAUCCCGAGCCGCGCAGCGCUGAUCCUGAGCUAGGCUUAGUUGAGUACGGGACUUCACCGCUGCCGACCGACCCGCCGUACCCGCCAGAUGACGGGUAUGAGUCUGCAGCAAACGAAAGGCGACGCCGUCGACACCGACGCAUGUCAGGCGACGAUUACGACGAUGCCGAGCCGGCGAAGAAGAGGAGCAAGAGUCGUUUGAGAGAUAUGGCAGCAGCAGCAGUUGGCACAGGAGCCGCCGCCAUCGGAAUCAAGCAAUAUCAGAAGAGGAAGGAGAAGGACGAGGACCGGUACGAAGAAAGUGUUCGGGAUGACGGGUACUACGACGACUACAGCCGUCCGCCUUCGCCGCCUCACGCAUCCGGCGGCUCUUACUAUCCGCCACCGCCGGCACCCACGGCGGGCUUCACUCAGCAUCCCAACAUUUCGACCGCCAACUUGAGGGAUCAGUACCCACCGUAUCCUCAAGACUACCCUCCCGGACCGCCACCAAUGGGACCAUCCCCGCCGAUGGCCACGGGCGGUGCCGGAGGAUAUCCUCCCCCUCCGCCUGCCGGUGGUCCUCCCCCAUCAGGCGGUCCGCCGCCGGGAACGAGGUUCGGCCCUGACCAUAUGGUAUAA